AUGUCGUCUGGAGAUAUGUUCGAUCACUACAUCGUCGCUGCUACUCCCUCGAGCAGGAAGAAAGACAGCAAAAGGGUCCGUGGAGAAAGCAGCAAAGCUGCUUCAAAGAAGGCCCAGACUGAUGGACCUUCAGCAGCUGCUCCUUCGAAGGAAACCACGCCACCUCCCACAAAGGAAACAACGCCACCUCCUUCUCCACUUGACCAGCCAUCUCCAACUGCACCGGUUGACCAGCACUCUACUCCUCCAGUGCCUACUGACCAGCCACACCACACUCAACCCGAAGACACCCUAACCAGCACCGUGGGAUUGCUGACUAUCACUGCUGGUUGGCGCCGCACGGGGACUUUGGUCACCCAGAUCAAAGACUUUGACACCAGGCACACUAAGGCGGUGAAGGUGCUCAAGGGGAAGAAUUCUGAACUGCUCAAGAAAAAUGCAAAACUGACCAACCAGAACAAUGAACUACGCGAGCAGAAAGCUCAGCUGACUGAAGAGUUGUUGGAGUGUCGGGCUGCCCUGACCAAAUCUAAAGAAGACAAAGAAAAGUUCACGGAGAGUGCCAAACUCAACUACCAAGAAGGCGAACAGCUUGAGCUCGAUCUGAUUGCGAGCAGAAAGGAGAUGGAGGGGCGCGUUAAGGAGCUUGAAGAGACUAAUGCCAAAAAUUUUGAGAAGAACAAGAAGCAGAUUUAUUCUACACCCGAUAAGUACCAAGACGCAAUGGUUGGACGUUGA